UUUAUUCAGUGGUACUAUACACACUACAGACGUAUACAACAGUAUACACCGAUAGCACAUCGUCUCCAUUAUAAUAAUUCUGAAAACUUCCACAGGGUAGCGCUUAUUCUGUUUGCAAUCGCGAAUAUAUAGUCAAUAGUGUAUGUCUAGUAUUGAUCGAAGUUGAAAACAUGAAACACAGACUAUUCAGUCAUAUAGUUUUUGGUAGUAAACUAAACAAAACUUUAAGUCAUCUUAUCAUUUCAUUAGUUAUUAUUUUAUUUAUAUUCGUAUAGUUUACAAUACAAGAUGACUGAAGAAGAAACUAGUAAGACAUUAGAAGAUCCAUCAGUUUGGGAGGACAGUGAUCGGGUAGAAGAUGAGAUUUUGCUCAUGUCUAAUGAAGAAAUAAAAUCACGCACACAUCUUUUAGACCAUGACAUAAAAGUCAUGAAAAGUGAAGUUAUGCGUAUAUCGCAUGAAUUGCAAUCCCAAGCUGACAAGAUCAAAGAAAACACUGAAAAAAUUAAAGUAAACAAGACAUUACCUUAUUUGGUAUCUAAUGUGAUUGAAUUAUUAGAUGCCGACCCACAAGAUACUGCAGAAGACGGCGCUGUUGUUCAUUUAGACAGUCAAAGAACAGGGAAAUGUGCAGUUAUCAAAACAUCAACAAGACAAACUUACUUCUUACCUGUUAUUGGUCUGGUAGAUCCAGAACAAUUAAAACCAGGAGAUUUGGUUGGCGUUAAUAAAGAUUCAUAUCUGGUAUUGGAAACAUUACCCGCUGAAUAUGAUGCCCGUGUUAAAGCAAUGGAGGUUGAUGAAAGACCAACCGAACAAUAUGUAGAUAUUGGUGGCUUGGACAAACAAAUUCAAGAGCUCAUUGAAGCUGUAGUGUUACCCAUGACUCACAAAGAGAAAUUCCUCAAUCUUGGUAUACAGCCACCAAAAGGAGUGCUCUUGUAUGGUCCACCUGGUACUGGAAAAACACUUUUAGCUCGAGCAUGUGCUGCUCAAACAAAGUCGACAUUUUUAAAGCUUGCUGGCCCACAAUUGGUACAGAUGUUUAUUGGUGAUGGAGCAAAAUUAGUACGAGAUGCGUUUGCUUUAGCUAAAGAAAAAGCUCCUGCUAUAAUCUUUAUUGAUGAACUGGAUGCUAUUGGUACAAAACGUUUUGACUCUGAAAAAGCUGGUGAUCGAGAAGUUCAAAGAACAAUGUUGGAACUUCUUAAUCAAUUGGACGGUUUUAGUUCAACAGCUGAUAUAAAAGUUAUUGCAGCUACCAACAGAGUAGAUAUUUUGGAUCCAGCAUUGUUGAGGUCUGGCAGAUUAGAUAGAAAAAUUGAGUUCCCACACCCCAACCAAGAAGCUCGUGCACGUAUUAUGCAAAUUCAUUCAAGGAAAAUGAACAAAUUUGAUGUCAACUUUGAGGAACUUUCAAGAUCUACUGAUGGUUUUAAUGGAGCACAAUGCAAGGCUGUUUGUGUUGAAGCUGGUAUGAUUGCUUUGAGGAGAGGUGCAUCAACUAUUACUCAUGAAGAUUUUAUGGAUGCCAUAAUGGAAGUUCAAGCUAAAAAGAAAUCUAACUUAAACUAUUAUGCUUAAAAUAUUAACGAAACAUUUACAUUUAUAACUUUUACUUUAUAUGGUUUUUUCAUCUAUUUUAAAACGAAUAAAUAAUUCAAUUUUUUCUUUGA